GCCAGGCGGAGGUUGUGGAAGUGCGUCCCGAACGUUAGUGGAAGCUGGCCGACCGUGCCGAGGUUCGGCCUUUGGUUUCCAGUCCUUUCGGGGGGCCUUCCUGGAGUGGUCGGCUCGGGGUACGGACGCAAAAACCGUGGCUCAGAAUUAGCGCCUAGGUUCCCACCUGUCAUCCUCCUGGCCCAGGUCUGCACAAGGACACUCUGGAGACCCGUGACCUGUCUGCCCACUCUAGGCACGGGCCCCAUUCCAGCUCCUCCUGACUGGGGGACACCCGGAGACUCAAGACCUGACCUUGCCUCUCUAGGCAUGGUCUCCAUCUCUGCUCUUUCUGGCCUGGGUCUGCAUGGUCUCCACCCCGAAGACUGUCAGACUUGUUCUUGUCCAUUCGGACACUGUACCAUUCCCUUCCUGCUGGCUGAGAUCUGCAUGGUCCCUCACUCUUGAGAUCCCAGACUUGUUCUCUCCAGUAAGUAGGCAGCCAUGGAAGAUCUGGGGGAGAACACCACUGUCUUGUCCACCCUGAGGUCCUUAAACAACUUCAUUUCCCAGCGAGUGGAGGGAGAGUCUGGCUUGGAUAUGUCCACUUCUGCCUCAGGUUCUCUACAAAUGCAGUACCACCAGAGCAUACAGUUGGAGGAAAGAGCCGAGCAGAUCCGCUCUAAGUCCUACCUCAUCCAGGUGGAGCGGGAGAAGAUGCAGAUGGAGCUGAGUCACAAGCGGGCGCGUGUGGAGCUGGAGAAGGCAGCCAGCACCAGUGCCAGGAACUACGAGCGUGAGGUUGACCGUAAUCAGGAGCUCCUGGCGCGCCUCCGGCAGUAUCAGGACCGAGAGGCUGAAGCAGAGGAGAAGAUGAGGGAGCAGCUGGAGCGCCAUAGGGUGUGCAGACAGAACCUGGACUCUGCCAGCCAGCAGUUGCGGGAGCAGGAGAACAGCCUGGCCGUAGCCAGCGAGACGAUUGGCACCUUGAAGGGACAAGUCUCAGAGCUGCAGUGGAGCUUGAUGGACCAGGAGGUGCAAGUGAAGCGACUGGAGUCCGAGAAGCAGGAGCUCCAGGAGCAGCUGGACCUGCAGCACAGAAAAUGGCAGGAAGCAAAUCAGAAAAUUCAGGAACUCCAGGCCAGCCAGGAAGCCAAAGCAGAUCAGGAACAGAAGAUUAAGGACCUGGAGCAGAAACUGUGCCUGCAGGAGCAGGAUGCCGCCGUCGUGAGGAACAUGAAGUCUGAGCUGCUGCGGCUGCCCAGGGUGGAGCGGGAGCUGAAGCGGCUUCGGGAGGAGAAUGCACACCUGCGGGAGAUGAGAGAUACCAAUGGGCUGCUCAUGGAGGAGCUGGAAGGGCUGCAGCGACGGCUGGGCCGCCAGGAGAAGAUGCAGGAAGCUCUGGUCGGCCUGGAGCUGGAGAAGGAGGUGAGGGUCCUGAGGCUGCUGACAAAGCUGCAAAGCUGGGAGAUACUGGACCAGACCACAGGCUUGAACCUCAGGACCCCAGAAGACCUUUCCAAUUUCAUUGUUGAGUUGCAGCAGCGAGAACUGGCCCUGAAGGAGAAGAACAGUGCCAUCACCAUCAGACAGGAGGAUACACAACCGUGGAGACUUUUGAGAGGCUACCUGCCCUUUGGUCCACGCUAUCCUCAGUUUCUGAGUUGCAGCAGCCAAGGCCUGGGUUUAUGUCCUGCUGAUGCCUGGGGCCCCAGCUUUGGAGGCAGCUCCACUCAAGGGAUUACACACAGUGCCCGGGGGCUGGAGAAGGCCCAGCAGCAGCUACAGGAAGAGGUGCGACAGGUCAGUGGCCAGCUCCUGGAGGAGAGGAAGAAGCGCGAGAACCAUGAGGCACUGGCCCGGAGGCUGCAGAAGCGUGUCCUGCUGCUAACCAAGGAACGGGAUGGCAUGCGUGCCAUCCUAGGGUCCUACGACAGCGAGCUGACCCAGGCUGAAUACUCACCCCAGCUGACACGCCGCAUGCGGGAGGCCGAGGACAUGGUGCAGAAAAUGCAUGCCCACAGCUCAGAGAUGGAGGCUCAACUGUCACAGGCCAUGGAGGAGCUAGGAGGCCAGAAGCAGAGAGCCGACAUGCUGGAGAUGGAGCUGAAGAUGCUAAAGUCUCAGCCGAGCUCUGCCGAGCCAAGCUUCCCAUUCUGCAGAGAGGAGAUGGACACACUCAGGUCGAAGGUUGAAGAGCUGGAGGCAGAGCGGAGCCGCCUAGAGCAAGAAAAGAACGUGCUGGAGAUGCAGCUGGAGCGGCGCACACUGCAGGGUGACUAUGACCAGAGCAAAACCAAAGUGCUGCACAUGAGCCUCAACCCCACCAGCCUGGCCAAGCAGCGCCUACGUGAGGAGCGAGACCGACUGCAGGAGGAGUGUGAGCGGCUGCGGGGGCUCGUGCAUGCCCUGGAGAGAGGAGGCCCUGUGCCCGCUGACCUGGAGGCCACCACUGGCCUGGCCUCAUCCAAAGAGGUGGCAGAGCUGCGAAAGCAGGUGGAAAGUGCCGAGCUGAAGAACCAGCGGCUUAAGGAGGUGUUCCAGACCAAAAUCCAGGAGUUCCGCAAGGUCUGCUACACGCUGACAGGUUACCAGAUCGACAUCACCACCGAGAACCAGUACCGGCUGACCUCCCAGUAUGCCGAGCACAAGACCGACUGCCUCAUCUUCAAGGCCACAGGACCCUCGGGCUCCAAGAUGCAGCUGCUGGAGACCGAGUUCUCCCGCUCGGUGCCUGAGCUUAUCGAGCUCCACCUGCUUCGCCAGGACAGCAUCCCGGCCUUCCUCAGUGCGCUCACCCUGGAACUCUUCAGCCACCAGACUGCCGCCUAGCUGCCCACCGUAGUCACACACCCGAGUCCUCCAAGGGCCAGGCAGGCAGCAGUGCGGUGUGAUUGAGCACAGCCCGGUCCACUCAGGCCUCCUGCAGGUCUGUGCUCUCCUGUGCCCAGCCCUGCACCACACAAUCAUGGUUGUGGGCGGACAGCACCUGCCCCCCAGGGCCUCGCCCCUCAUCCUGCUCUGGAGUCAAUCUCCAGGCCACAGCACUGCUCACACACAGUCCCCCUGGGGGCCAGGGGGUUCCCACGUCUUCAUGAAAUAAAAUUUCUUCUCCAUUUA